AUGAUUAUCGCUCCCGAGGGCACGCUCCCGCUGGAAAACAGCAUGUUGCCUGGAGGGGCUUCUGGCGCGUCAAGCUCGCCCUCGUGGACGGAGGAUUCGUUUGACAUGCGGGUCCUCUGCGAAUCAUUUUCCGAAACAGAAAUGGAAAGCGGAGACACGUCGGUGAAUCAGGGGGAAGCAAGGCCUGCGCUUCCCGCUAAUCCAGUCGCUUCCCGGGGGGAGGAAGCGGGUCCAUCUAAUCGGGCCCCCCCAGGGGUCCCCUACCCAUAUCAACCGGAUGAAGUGAUAGGGGGAGAUUGUCUUCUCUCCAUCGAACGUCGCCUUUUGGCGAAAUACUCCUUUCCCUCCCUCGAGGUCAUACGAAUGGCUCGUUUUGAUGCCGAAGAUCGAUUCGAGGUCAAAGUUGAGAUUAUCAAACUCAUGGCGGGCCUUGACCCAACGGGAGAUUGGAUGGGACGGGGAGCUCGGGCCCUCGACAAUCCUCGUACCGCCACGGGGGAAGAGUCGUUAGAAAAACUUUGUUAUCUAUUGGAUGAGCUAAAAGAGGGCGGAGUCGAAUCGCCAAUCUUUUCUCAUUUGAGAAGCAAAGUUUUCCUAAAAUGGAACGACGACGCCCAAAAUAGCGCAUCGUGA